UUUUCUUCGAAGCUACUGCCGUAAUUAAAAUUGCGAAGCGCGUAAUUAAGUAGUCGCUGCCCCUCGAGGCUUCGAUCGUCGCUUUUUCACUCGGUUCCCGAAAUCCUGGCCGAGCUUUGUUAUUUGGUUUUUUUCUUGUGGCAAACGUCAAGAUGUUUCAAACGCACAUGUUUUCCGUUGUACUCUUAAUUGGUGUGGCAACCUGUGGAAAUGGGUUACAGGACUUCAAUACAAGUGACCCGGAGCAGUACAUUUCGGCGCUGAAUUCCCGUGGACUCUCUUGGACUGCUGGAGAAAAUUUUCCCCACCCUCUAAGCGAAGCGCAAAUGAAAAAGCUGAGUGGCACAUUUUUGAGGAAGCCUCGCCUGCCAAUCAAAAAGUUCCCUCACUCCCCAGAAUCAGUAGAGCCAAUUCCAAAAAGUUUUGAUUUACGAAAUAAGUAUCCUAACUGUCCGUCUUUAUUUUGGGUCUUUGAACAGUCCAACUGUGGUGGAUGUUAUGCAAUAGCCUCAGCAUCAGCUAUGUCUGACCGAAUCUGUAUUGCAUCAAAGGGAGCAAAGAAACCGAAAGUGUCUGCAGAAAGCAUCAUAUCUUGUUGCGAUAAAUGUGGGCGAGGCUGUGGCGGAGGUUAUGUUGAUAAAGUCUGGCUUCACUUUAAGAGGGAGGGUGACAUCACGGGUGGUGAAUAUAACUCAUAUGAGGGAUGUCAGCCUUAUAGCAUCGCACCAUGUGGCAGAGAGGGUGAACCAAAAUGCUCCAAAGAUGAGGCUGACACUCCUAAAUGCAAAGCAUACUGCACAAACCCUAAGUAUGGCGCUCCUUAUAGAAGUGAAUCAUAUCAUGGCAAAAGUGCCUAUGCUUUAAAGCAAAAUAUUGAGGAAAUACAGAGGGAGAUAAUGGCAUACGGCUCAGUUGUAACUGGCUUUACUGUCUACACUGAUUUUCAUUACUACAAGAGAGGUGUUUAUGAGCACACAAGUGGCAAGAGCUUUGGAGGCCACGCAGUGCGAGUCAUUGGCUGGGGUGAAGAAGGUGGCAAACCGUACUGGCUCGCGAUCAAUUCCUGGGGCAAAAAGUGGGGCGAAAAUGGGACUUUCAAAAUCCGCCGUGGGACCAAUGAGUGUGGUUUUGAAAAAUUCAUGGUAGCCGGAGAACCUAAAAUGUAAUCUAUAGUACCAAGAGAAAUUGUAAUUUCAUUUUAAAUGUAAGUUGAAUUUCGCCAAACCAACUCCUGUAUUGCAUGAUGAAUUAAGUAAAUGAUGUUGCAUGCUGUUUAAA